UUUAAUAGAUGCAGCUGUGCAAUGGGCGAUGUACCCGAGAAUCUGCAGGUGAUUAAAUUGGAGCCACCAGGCACUCCGGAAAAGGCCAAUAUCAAGGAGCGUUUGAAUCUGCAUGUAAAGCGACGCUUGCAACAGGAUCUACCCCUCUCCAGCCCAGAGACGCCCCCGGGCGACAUAGUUGCAGCCACAAGCAACAAACGCUGCAAAACAACUGCAACACAAUCUAAAGAAACAUCGAAACAGAGGAAACCCUAUCAAAAGCGAGUCGAAAAGAUUAAAACAGACACGGGAAAAUGCAAGAAAGCACAAGCUGCGAGUCCUGCAGUUUUGGAUUUCGAGGCAUACGAUGAGUCUGCCGAACAUGAGGCCUCGCCAGAGAGCUCGGAUCAGAAAAACAUAAGCCGUGAUCGCUAUAAGAAUUCUGAUAUACUUAAUAUGGUGCUGAACGCAAAGAAACGAGCGCUAAUGCAAAAUCCGGAGGUGCAAACAUUUUGGUCAAAAAUUAUGGCAGCCCUGAAGAACUGACUGUGAUAGGGCAACACUAACUGCGAAUGUGGCGCCCUUUUUGAAAAAUGUACAAUGUUGAGAAGAGGACUAGUUGUGAAAAUGAAGUAAUUUAAGAGUUGUAAUGCACAAAAUUAUAUAUAGUCUGUAUUGUUUAAAUGUUA